UUACGCUCGUCGAGGGGGAUUAAGGAGUAAACUAAGCGAGUUUAUUUCAUCUAAACAGUCCAUUAGAGUUAAUCCUAAGCUAACCUUAACUUUUCCUUCCCCUUCAUUCGCUCGGCCGCCUCCGCCGAGGCUUCGCUUCCUCCGUGACCAGGGUCGCACUCGCACCAGCUUCGCACCCCCGCCCCUCGCCUCCGCGCGCGCGCCCUCUCUCCCUCCGCCGUCUAGGGUUAGGGUUCGCGUCGCGCGGUCGCCGACGUCGCCGCGGCGCCCGGCGCAAUGCGGAGGCCACCGGCCGCCGGCGCGUCCUGCCGCCGCCGCACGAUCCAGGGCUUCGCGGCGCUCUUCCUAGCCUACGCGCUUUUCGUGAUGCUCCUCGAGUCGCCCCUCCUCGUGUCCACCUCCUUGCCCGGCGCGGCGUCGCGGAAGCUCCACCUCGACGGCGCGGGGGACGGGCAGCGCACCGCGCCGGCGCGGCCCUCGAAGCACCCCCACCGGGAGACCCUCUCGGCGGAUGGGGGGUGGAAACGGACGCUCUGGUCGUUGGGGAUCGUCUCCGGCCUCGAGCUCCGCCACCUCAACUCCACCCGCUCCGGCUCGCUCCGCAAGGUUGCCGCCGAGGCCGCGGCCGCGGGGGCCCGCGUGUUCUCCGACCUGCAGACUCUCGCGACGACCGUGACGUCCUCACAGGAUUCGUCCGGUGACGAGGAGAGGGGCAAGUGCCCGCACUCAAUCGUCCUCAGCGGCGACGAGUUCCGGGAGAGGGGGCUGGCGGUGGAGCUGCCGUGCGGGCUGACGCUGGGUUCUUACAUCACGGUGGCUGCGACGCCGCACGCGGCGCACCCGGAGCGGGAUCCUAAGAUCACGCUGCUCAAGGAGGGGGAGGAGCCGAUCAUGGUGUCGCAGUUCAUGAUGGAGCUGCAGGGGCUCAAUACGGUGGACGGGGAAGAUCCACCCAGGAUUCUCCACUUUAACCCCCGCCUUCGCGGUGACUGGAGCGCUAAGCCUGUGAUCGAGCAGAACACCUGCUACCGCAUGCAGUGGGGCACUCCGCUCCGCUGCGAGGGCUGGAGGUCCCGUGCCGACGAGGAGACUGUGGAUGGGAUGGUGAAGUGUGAGAAGUGGAUUCGGGAUGAUGAAGGGCGGUCGGAGGAGUCAAAGACGUCAUGGUGGCUGAACCGGCUCAUUGGGCGCACAAAGACGGUCUUGGUUGAUUGGCCAUACCCAUUCGUGGAGGACCGCCUGUUUGUUCUUACUCUCACUGCUGGAUUGGAGGGUUACCAUGUGAAUGUUGAUGGGCGGCAUGUGACAUCAUUUCCAUACCGCACUGGGUUUGUGCUCGAGGAUGCCACUGGCUUAUCAUUAAAUGGGGACCUUGAUGUGCAAUCAGUAUUUGUGGGGACUUUGCCAACUACACAUCCUAGCUUUUCUCCACAGAAACAUCUAGAGAUGUUGCCUGUUUGGCAGGCCCCUCCCCUUUCAGAUGAACCAGUUGAGAUUUUCAUUGGUAUCCUGUCAGCGGGCAACCAUUUUGCCGAGCGUAUGGCUGCGAGAAAGACAUGGAUGUCUGCUGCCCAGAAGUCCUCAAAUGUUGUGGCCCGGUUUUUUGUUGCCCUGCAUGGCAGAAAGGAAGUUAACGUGGAGCUGAAAAAGGAGGCUGAGUUUUUUGGGGACAUUGUUGUUGUGCCAUUCAUGGAUAGCUAUGAUUUGGUUGUUCUGAAGACAAUUGCCAUAUGCGAGUAUGGGGUCCGUGUUGUAUCUGCUAGAUAUAUAAUGAAGUGUGAUGAUGAUACUUUUGUUAGACUUGAAUCAGUAAUGGCUGAAGUGAAGAAAAUUCGAAACGGUACAAGUCUCUAUAUAGGGAACAUGAAUUAUCACCACAAGCCUUUGCGCAAUGGGAAAUGGGCUGUUACUUAUGAGGAAUGGCCAGAAGAGGAUUAUCCAAUCUAUGCAAAUGGUCCUGGAUAUGUUAUAUCAUCUGAUAUUGCAGAUUCCAUUCUAUCAGAUUUUGUAAACCAUAAAUUAAGGCUUUUCAAAAUGGAGGAUGUGAGCAUGGGCAUGUGGGUCGAUCGGUUCAACAACACCAGACCUGUUAAAUAUGUCCACACGGUCAAUUUUUGUCAAUUUGGAUGCAUAGAUGACUAUUACACUGCACAUUACCAAUCACCGAGGCAGAUGUUAUGUUUGUGGGACAAGCUGCAGGCUGGGAAAGCACAAUGUUGCAAUAUGAGAUAGCAAUAAUAGAGGUGGUGGCACUUGAACAUUUCUCUGGUGUUAAUGCCCAUCCUUAUUCGCGGAGGAGUUGAUGCUCUGGAGUCCUGAAGAUUCAAGAACAUGCGAUGAUAAACUAAGCCUCAAAAUGACUAACAAAAGGCCAUAAUUUAACGAAUUUUGUUAUAGCCGACCGGGCUGUGUUUCAGCUGGAAACAAGGGAAUGGACAGAAGCCUGCAACGCCUUUACUGAGUGAGCUUGCCGUGCUCCUCUUUUCUCACAUAUGGGCAGUAUUAGAGCUGCUGUAGGACUUCAAUUGUAAAUGCGAAUGGUAGAAAGCUUAGUUAAAUUACUGGUGCUUUCAGUAUGACUGACUGUGGUUGCAAUCAUAAAAAACCCAGCUGGUACAGAAGAGCAAAUUGGUAGUUUACUCGACUUCUGCUGUGCAACUUCUUAUAACAUGGUUAUAAAUUAUGACUUAGUUUCAGUC